ACAGGGAAGAAGAGUGAACACUUCCGGUAACAAUACAAACACAUGGGCUGAAAACGUCUCAGGUGUGCAGUCAUGACGAGGUGGGCGAGAGCCAAUAAUGUCCAUAAACACAAACCAGCAGAGGCCACUCCAUGGAGUCAACUCAGAGGAGGAGGAAGAGGAGGAGGAGGAGGAAGAGGAGGACGAGGUCAACAAGGACCUCAGAGGGACCACCUGAGAGGGACUCAGCCCGGUGGAUCAGCUGUGAAAAAACCCAACCGUAAGAAGAAGGACUAUGCGAGCGAGGACGUGAACGGGUUCCUGGAGUAUCUGCAGCAGACCGGACAGCCGCUGCCCAGAGGGGGAGGGAGGGAGGAGGAGCGGGAGCUCAGGGAGGAGGUGGAAGUCGCCCUGAAGAAAGACAGGAGGAGAGAGGACAGAAGGGUCAAGAGACAGAACAACAAGAAGAACAACAUGCUGUGUUUUAACUGCAGGAAGCCCGGCCACGGUCUGGCAGACUGUCCCGAGGCCGACCGAGACGAGGAGAUGGGCCGAGGCAUCUGCUACCGCUGCGGCUCCACCGAACACGAAAUCCACAAGUGUAGAGCUAAAGUGGAUCCUGCUCUGGGUGACUACCCGUACGCUAAGUGCUUCAUCUGUGGUCAGACCGGACACCUGUCCCGCUCCUGCCCAGAUAAUCCUAAAGGACUUUACGCACAAGGAGGAAGCUGUCGUGUCUGUGGGUCAGUGGAACAUUUUCAGAAGGACUGUCCGGAGCACCAGGCUGCAACGAACUCUGUGACGGUCGGCUGGUUGUCCAACAACAUGAGCGCGGACCACGAGGAAGUCCAUGUUCCAGUGAAGAAAGCCAAACCCAAACAGACGAAGGUGGUGACGUUCUGAUUGGCUGAGAAGGUCGACAGCUCCACACACACACACACACACACACACACACACACACACACACACACAGCUCAGACCAGCUUCAGCUCCUGGACUCCAGCACACGGACUAAGAACCAUCCAGUGACGUGGUUCAGACACUUUCUGUUUGUCUUCGUUUAUGAUCCUAAAGCUUCUUUAUAAUAAACUUGUGCUUCUGUGUUUUUACAGCCUCAUUUUAUUUCAUUAUCAACGUGAUCGUCACGUAGAAACAUCAGACACAGCUUAACUCAAGGUCCACUCACCAGCUUUUUCCAGAGCUUUCAAAUGCAUCUUCCACUCUGUCUGGAGCAGAUGAAAAAAAAUGAAUAAUUUGUAUAUUUUAACUUUUGAAAAGUUAUUUGUCUUUUUAAAAAAAAAACAGCUGCUGACAAAACAAUUGAGUUUUUUAAAAUUUCCAUCUAACAGCAGAAAAUUGUAAAUUUCUCAGUAUUUUAUCAGACUGCAAUAUAAACGAGACAGCUUCCCAUUAGAAAAGAUGACACAAAAUCAACUACUUUAGCACUUAGUUUCUUUAUGUAGAACUUAAUAUUAAUUCAUUUAAAAAGUAAAAACUAAUUCAGUUGCUCAUGUAAAGUAUUUUAUAAUAAUAAUGUAUUAAACUUGCCGGCUCUGAAUGAAGCUUUGUGGCUGGUGUGUAUUCCCUUUAUGUGAGGUGUUGUGUGUGGAGGUGUAAUGUGAGGACUCGGCCACUCGGGGGCAGAACUGAGCUGCAGCAGUGAAGCUCGUCCUGAUGUCACUGAUGCUGAGGAGCAGACACACUCGAGCACAGACAUCCUUUAACUGUGCAAAGUGAUGGUUUCCAUAAUGUGUCCUGCAUUAGGACCUGAUCACAGUGGAAACAGCAUCGUCUGCUCUCUAAAGGACGUGUCACAGCUGAUCUCCUCCUCACAGACACCAGGGAAUAAAGUGAUGACACCGUCUGAUGGUAUUUUUCACAGCAGGGGGAGGACAGUCGAACCUCCGGCAGGACGGAGCGCUGUGCGACUGAUCGAUGAGGUUGUCGACACCCGGACUUGAUCAGAAACACUGAGGCUGAAACUUAAUGCGUCAGCAGCUAAUGAGCGUGAGGCUGUGACACACACAGAGUCUCAGAGGAAACCUCGUAAACAACAGACAACCAGACCGGACUGUUUUCUGGACUCGGUUCAGCUGCUCACUCCAGAUAAAGUUCUUCUGUUUUCCUGGACCAGGAGCAGAGAUCCCUGUGUGUGUGUGUGUGUGUGUGUGUGUGUGUGUGUCCCUGGAGAGCAAGAAACAAGGUCUUACAUCAUUGAUGAUGCAAAAGGUUUCUGGGAAAUCCUCAGUUCUUUGACCAGCGUUCAGUCCGUGGCGACAGAACUUGUACCUCAGUCCAUGAGAAAACCCUGAGACUGCCAGACCCGGUGUGACCCGGGACGUGGACUUCUCCUGCGGCCACAGAA